AUACCCCCCCGACUGCUCAUGAACGCGCUAGUGAGGAAUUCAACUCACCAACAUUCAACCAAGAGACGCCGGUAUAACAUUGUCAACGUAACCUGAAAAUCCAAUCUCAGCUUGACCCCAUUUCCACCUCGGUUCACAUCUUAAGCCUGAAACACAUCUCAACAACAACUGAACCCCUGCAACGACUAUUAGCCUCGAGAUAUACACGAAUCUGGACUUGCAGGUCACGUCACUCUACCAAUUUGACAUAUACAACAACAUCCCUGUCAACCAAUUCACCAUGGUUCAACUGCUCCCAGACCCAGCCUUUUCCCCCGCUGGAACCCCGACGCACGAGGGCAUCGAUGGUCCUCUUGCAAAGCGACCUGGUUUCGGCAGGACAGACUCUUCGGGGUCAAUGUCCCGGGAGGAACAUGCCCGACGCAUGCAGGACCUUAACAAGAAGCGAGCGAUGAGGGUCCCCAGGCGAGGAUGGUCAAUGACCGACUACCAGGGCGACCACGACGCCUCGCAGCCCGGACAAUCGAGCUCCUCUCAAGUUGACCGGCAAGCGUCUAUUCCAGAAAACGGGCCCCUCCCUGAUACGGAACACUACCACUACCAACAUUACCAGCAUCAUCAACAUCAACACCAACACCAACAACACCAGGAGCCUGAAGCCCCGGUCCAAGAGAAAACGACCGAGCUUCCUCGUCGGCCCAAGCUGCCUCCUCCCCGUCGCUCGUACUCUGUCAUGGACUACGAGCCUGUUCCUCAGACUCAGCCCCAGCCACCAAAGGAUUACACAUUGCUGGACCUCCCCGCUGAGCUUCAUUACACCAUCUUUGACCACCUCGACCCUAUCGAUAGCGUUUGCUUCGGACUCACAAACUCCAACUUUUACGAAAUCCACCGACGACUGCACGGAACUGUUCCUCUCUCCAGCCGCUACUCGGGACCCAACGACAUGGAAUGGGCAUGGCGAGGGGCCGGCCCUCUUGUCCAUCGCCAUGAGCGAAAUGACCACAAGGAGGGCCCCAUGGAGCAAAUGCGCGUCAAGGGACAGGUCUACUGCAGGAAGUGCGGUAUCUCCCGUUGCGAGCUGCACCGUCACCUGAAGGAGUGGAUGGGCGAAGGCUACGAAUACUGCUCCAUCAAGGAGGUUUAUGGCAAGCCCGCCGGAGAGGACGCCAAGGCUUACUGCUACAUGAAGUCACCCAAGAACCCUUCGCGAUGCGGACGUCACGGAGGAAAGAAGAUUGCAUCGAAGUAAAAGAUCUAGACCCAAGAUGAUUCUAGACACGAUAGAAGGAUACAGAAGAAAGUGAUGGAAGGGAUGAAAGAGACCAUGACGAAAUGAGAGCGAAGAUCGGGCAACGAAAAAAGAAGGUGUUGAGAGAUAUCCACGGAGUGCAAUGACGCACAUACCGUACCUAUUUUCCUUUUCGACUGGGUUUAAUUAAUCCAUGUAUACAUCUACUGGGAACUUUUUUAUUUAUGAGCGUGGCUAACAGGGGGAUUAUGGAUAUCCCAGGGUUUACGGAUGGGAUCAUGAUGGAACACAUGGGAGGAAAAAGGAGAACUUGCUCCCGGUAAUAUGACGUAAUAUGACAAUGCCACAACAUUCC